UCCUUCGUUCUUCUUCCUGUUGACUUCAGCUGUUUUGCAGGAGUCGCGUUGAACUGACGCAGCCGCUUCUAAAAAUACUCCGGGCCGAACAUGGCAGCGCUGCUGAGAGGUGUCCGAGCUGGAAGGGCACUCCGCGGGCUGAGCAGCGGUAAGACCGGGCCGGACCGCCUCUGUGGUGCAGUGGUGGCUGCACCGACAGCAACAACUCCUCAAUGCAGCAGCCUGAGCCGAGGCUUCCACCGCGCAGCGCCGAGGCUUCAGGACGACUUUAAAUCCGACAAACCUCCUCCUUCCUCUUCGUCCACGACCUUCCACGAGCACUACCAGGCUCACUCGGCCGAACAGGACAACACAGCAACAGCGUCUCAUGAAGGCGCUGCAGCCGAACAGGCCUCCAGGCCAAACACCAGUUACCAGGACCAGAGCGGAGAGCAGGGCGAGGAGUACGAGACGGAGGAGCAGCUCCAGGCUCGAAUCCUGACCGCCGCUCUGGAGUUCGUCCCCCUGCACGGCUGGUCGAUGGAAGCCAUCGCGUCCGGCGCCGAGACACUGGGCCUGUCCUCUGCGUCCACCGGCAUGUUCAAUAACGGAGCUGGAGAUUUGGUCUUACACUUCAUCACCCAGUGCAACUCGCAGCUGACGGAGAUCCUGGCUGAACAACACAAGCAGGUCCAGCUGGGCCAGGCGGAGCCGAAGGCGACUGCCGACUUUCUCAGAGACGCCGUAGAGACCAGACUGAGGAUGUACAUCCCCUACAUUGAAUCGUGGCCACAGGCGAUGAGCAUCCUGCUCCUUCCUCACAACAUCCCAGACAGCCUGAAGCACCUCUCCACCCUCGUGGACGACAUCUGGUACUACGCCGGAGACAGAUCCACAGACAUGAACUGGUACACCAAACGGGCAGCGCUGACGGGCAUCUAUAACACCACAGAGCUGGUGAUGCUUCAGGAUUCCUCUCCGGACUUCGAGGACACCUGGAACUUCCUUGACAACCGCAUUCAGGACGUGGUCAACAUGGCUAGCACUGCCAAACAGGUGCAGUCGACUGGUGAAGCUGUGGUGCAGGGGCUGAUGGGAGCUGCUUUUACACUGAAGAACCUCACAGGACUGAACCAGAGGCGAUGAUGUAAAACAUCUCUCACUCUGAUCCUGACCGUCCGGCUUGUGUCAUGAGCUUUUUGCUCUUUUUUUCUGAUUAACUUUAUGAGUCUAAAAAACAUAUUGGAUCACGACUUUUAUUCAGUCAGACAAAGCUGUUAUUUGUUAAAGAUCAUGGGUCUCUUUUUGGACCAGAGGCUUUGUCUUGUUUAGUUUCACUGUCCAAGAUUUCACUCUCCUGCUCAGAUCAGUUUUUUUUUUUGUAUAAAAGGACACAGAGAUCUGUAAUUUUGAUUGUAAUGUUGGACUUCAAUAAAGUAGUUAUUCUUGUACAUUUGUUUAGGAUUAGUGCUAGAAAAGACACCAUGGCAAUAAAGUAUAAACCGUUUUUU